AGCAGAGAACAUCACAUCUCAGUUGAAUUACGGCUUGCAUGUCUGCCCUGGGCCUCGCAGAGGCCCAGGAGAUUAGCAUCAGCUCCGACGACGAGCAUGAGGAACAGCUUUCAGAAGAAAUUACAGGUGCAAUGCCGACGGCGUCUGCACAGGGAAAUCUGAAGGGCACAAAGCGCAGUCAUGCAGAAGUUUCUGAUGGUGAGAGCUGCGAGUUGGAAUUUGAGGGCUUUGACAGCGACGAGGAAUUCAUCCCUCGUGGUGCCAAGUUGGCCCGGCCGGCAUUGCUUCUCGAGCCCUUGACGUGUGCAGCAGAAUGUGAGGGCGCAAAGCAACGACCUUUGCCAAGCCAACUGCAAGCCUUGCUCCCCGGACUGCUGCUAUCUGCGCCAAGGGAACUCGACGCGGCGAACGUGCUCACCCCGGAGCAAACCCAGGCCGUGCAGUAUGUGGCCCGAAACGCGCGGCCAAAGAGCCAAGCUGCCGUGGAAGGGCUGCAGAGGCGCCUUGCAAAGUGGGGCUACGGCCACGAUACUCUUGCCAAAGUGCUUCGAUAUAUACGAGACGAGGCGCCUAUUGUGAUUCACACCGACCUCAGCAAGCGCGUGAAAGCCUUCAGCCAGGACACUCACUACCGAAAUCAGUUUGAGACAAGAACGACAAGCGGAUCUAGUGACAUGAGCAAGCGGAAGGCAUGGGAGGAUCGUUUGUUCCCUCAAAUCUAUGACAAUGUACAAAAUUUCGAUCGGGUGAAGUAUGGCGUCCUCAAUGCAGUGAACGACCCGCGAGGUAUUUUAUCGGUGGCAAAGCAGUACGGACAGGAUUACCUGGUUCUGCGCGGCGUACGGUUGCGCACCACCUUCUCAGAUCGAGAUUCCUGCACAGCAGGUCAACAAGCAUCUUGCGAAUGGUACGCACAUGUAUUGGAGAAGUAUACUGAUGCAGAGCUGCAAGCUGUGACUGAGGUGGCUCUGGGCGAUCGUCUAUUUGUGGAUUCUUCAGUGCUUGACACAGCUGCCGGUGGAUACAAGGAAGUGCAGAUUCACGGCGAGCUGGAAUUCAAGAAGCAUUUGGAGGCGGUGGUGGUUCAUCAUUCCAGGCAGAAAACCAAGCUCUUCUCAGCGAUUACCGAGUGGUGCGAGACAAUUGGCGUUCCACUCGUGUGUAUGCCGGAGUAUUGCGAUGGCACUCACGUGUCGCAUCCAACCAAUGAAUCGCAGCUUGUAGCUGAGACUCCUCUUUGGAGAUGGCGGCCUGCGGAGACCACAGGACCAUGGCUGCGCUUCGAUGCCAUCGGGUCAUCUUUUCUUGAGGCAGUCAGGGGGCGAGAUUGCACAGCCUUCCCACGCCUGCCCGUCGGAAAAAUAUGCAGACUUGAUUUAUCUGCCAUGGCCAUGGCGAUUCUGGUUGACAAUGUCAUAGUGGAACUUAGCUUGGAGAGAAGGACAGCAGGUGCUGGCGCGCGGGAGCAAGAAGCUGUCGCACAACAUGCCGGCGUCUACAACUUUGCCUGGGAGUGGUGCGCUUCCGCGAGCGGGCACGGGGCUUGGAGCAAGUAUGACGAUACAGUCAGCACUCUGUUGGAGAAGGCCUGGGAGGGCAGCUCUUCCUUGACCAAUUUCUGCAUCAGUCGUGCCGCUUAUCAAGUUGACUUGGAGACCAUGGUGCAGGUGAACUGCGGUACAAAGUUUCGCAGACUUGUGCGCCGGCGACCCUUUGGAAGCUGAGCGUCC